CCCAUCUUUAACGCGUUUCCCUCGUUUUACUUCCCCUAAAACUUCAUCUCACUAAGUCAAGUCCUACAGAUAAAGAAGUAUACAAUUUGUCUAAAGAGACACUGCAAAGAGAUAAUUUUGUUUGUUUCAUCUUCAAUAGCUUUAAUGGCAGAUAUUCCUCAAAACUCAGAUAACGCUAAUAACCCACCAGCUGAUUUUCCAGCAAUUUUAACUCAUGGAGGUCGAUUUGUUCAGUAUAAUAUCUUUGGUAAUUUGUUUGAGAUCACUAUCAAGUAUCGUCCUCCGAUUAUGCCCAUCGGUCGUGGUGCUUAUGGAAUCGUAUGUUCUGUGUUGAAUUCAGAGACAAAUGAAAUGGUUGCGAUUAAGAAGAUCGCUAAUGCAUUUGACAAUUACAUGGAUGCUAAAAGAACUUUAAGGGAGAUUAAACUUCUUCAGCAUUUGGACCAUGAGAAUGUUAUUGGUAUUAGAGAUGUUAUUCCACCACCAAUACCAGGAGCAUUUUCUGAUGUUUACAUAGCCACUGAACUCAUGGACAGUGACCUCCAUCAAAUAAUUCGCUCUAACCAAGGUUUAUCGGAGGAACACAGCCAGUAUUUCUUGUACCAGAUUCUUCGUGGUUUGAAGUAUAUUCAUUCCGCCAAUGUUAUUCAUAGGGAUUUAAAACCGAGCAACCUUUUGCUAAAUGCAAACUGUGACUUAAAGAUUUGUGAUUUUGGUUUGGCUCGCCCUACUUCGGAAAAUGAAUUUAUGACCGAGUAUGUUGUCACUAGAUGGUAUAGAGCACCAGAGUUGUUGCUCAAUUCUUCAGACUAUACUGCUGCAAUUGAUGUGUGGUCAGUGGGAUGUAUCUUUAUGGAGCUGAUGAAUAGAAGACCACUAUUUGCGGGUAGGGAUCAUGUACAUCAGCUGCGGUUACUUACUGAGCUCCUCGGCACACCUACUGAAGCUGAUCUAGGUUUUGUUCGGAGUGAUGAUGCAAGAAGGUAUCUCCAACAGCUACCACCACAUCCUCGCCAACCUUUUGCUAUGGUUUUCCCACACGUUAACCCUGUUGCCAUUGAUCUCAUUGAAAAAAUGUUGACAUUUGACCCUACAAGAAGAAUCACAGUUGAAGAAGCUUUGGCUCAUCCUUAUCUUGAAAGGUUACACGAUAUAGCCGAUGAACCAGUUUGUUCAGUCCCUUUCUCUUUUGAAUUUGAACAACAAGUCCUCACAGAAGAGCAGAUAAAGGAGAUGAUAUACAGAGAAUCCGUGGCAUUUAAUCCAGAGUAUUUACAUAGGUAAAUCUGUUUUGUUUCGAGCAUUGUUAAUGACUAUAACCUUGAAAAGAAUAUUAAUUCAUGUGGUGCAAAUGAUUCGUUCAUCAUAAAAUAUUGCAACCAGUUGAACAAACACUAUCAAAUGAAGUAUCUAAACGAAUUUUCUAUUUCGAUUGAUUCCUUUUCCUGUAAGAUCUUUUAGAUGAGAUCCUCUAUGGUGUUCGGAAACUUCUGAUAGUUGUAUUUUAUUAUGACAUUUUGUCAUGUUCAUGUAAUACAGGACGCCUGAGCCUGUUACCUAUAGUAAAGAUGUUCAUUUGUGAAAAAGUUCCUUGAUUGUUAAGUAAUUCCUGUAUAAGUUUGAUUCUUAAAUAAAUUCUCUGGCUGAUGUGUGUAAA